AUCAUCAUCAUCAUCAUCCAAUGUCAUCAUUAUCAACAACCGAUGAAUAUAGUAGCCGAUAUUCAUCAUUACAAGAUACUGAAUCAUUAAAAAGUGCCAUAUUGGAUUCAUUUCGUAUGCAUUGGAUACAAGCAUGGUCUAUUAUGGAAUGUAAAAUUCUAAACGAUAUAACUAUUGAUGAUUUAUCAAGUAUUGUUAAUCAUAUUGAACAAAUGAUUUCAUUAUUAGUUGAAGAAAAUGUAAAUGAUGUACGUACUGCUGCAAGUAUGAGUGAUAUAAAAACAUUUGAACAUACAACAACAUCAUCAGAAAAUAAUAGCCAUCAUAGUUGUGGUCAACAUAAUCUGAAUCCGAAUAAUAAUAAUAAUAAUUCUAUAAUAAUCGAAUCAUCCAGUACAUCAUCAUCCUCAUCAUCAUCAUUAAGCCCAUUAUUGGAAUUUCUAUCAAGUGAAUCAAUAUUAGAGAAAAUAUUUCAAUGGUCAGAAAUGUCCGGAGAAUGGAAGAAUGCCAUGUAUCUGGAACAAUUAAAAUUAUAUGAUUUAUUAAUUAGUGAAUUGUGCCAAACCGAUAUUAUUCUAUUCAAGCAAUCAUUCUUUCAGCCAUUGAUAUAUUUAUUAGAUUCAUUAUCAACAUUUUUAAUGUCCAAUUAUACAACGAUAAAUAAUUAUGUUGUUGAGAUUGAAAAACGUUUGGUUAUAUUGCUCAAUACAUUAUGCGUAAUAAUUAGCCAGAAUAAUCGCCUUUUAAAUUUAUUUAUUAUUAAUGGAAAAUUCUAUUCAACAAAAAUCAACAAUUCGAAUAGAAAAUUAUCAUUGAAUGAUAUGUACGAUGAUGAUAUGACGGUAACCAUUAAUCAUCAAAACAGUCAUAUGCCAAAACAACAAUCUAGUCAUCUGGAUUCUUACUGUGAUAAACAAAACAAAACAAAUGAACAUACGGACAAAAUCGACAAUGAUUAUGAUAAUCAACAGGAUGAUAAUUUUGAAAAUGUUUCUUUUCCAUUAUUUUCAUUAUUGAUACAAUUCGUUCAUAGAGAUGGUCCAAUUGGACAACAAGCACGUGAUGCAAUAUUACUUUGUUUAGCCAUGUCAAGACAUGAUGAACGUUUAGCAUAUUAUGUUGCAAAUAAAACUGAUUUCUGUCCAAUAUUGGCCACUGGUUUAAGUGGACAUUUUUCAUCACUACCACGUGUAUUGAUUGCCGCUAAUAAUGAUAAUCAUCAACCAUUAUCGGGCAACAACAAUAACAACAACAACAAAAAUAAUAAUAAUAAUGAACAAUAUCAAUCAUAUCAAUUCAAACAUGAACUUUUAUCCAAUUCAAAAGAGAUUGAUCAUUUCUUAAAAUGUUUAGAUUUCUGCAAUGCUGUUGUACAGAUGUCUCAUCCAAUCAUACAAGUGCAAUUACUAAAAUUUACCUUUAAUGGUUUUUUAAUCUCCGUAAUCGGACCAGCAUUACAUCAGGAUGUGGCCAAUGUUUCCAUCAACGAUCUUGAAACAUUACCAUCAUAUUCGAACACAUUGGAUGAAAUUAUAACUACAACUGCCUAUCUGGAUCUAUUUAUUCGAACAACAAGUGAACCAAAAUUGAUUCGAAUAUUUCUUGAAUUUCUUUGUUUUGAAGUUUAUGAUAAUAAUUUCAUUAUUUCAACUUUGAUCAAUCGUAUUACAGCUAAAUCUAAGCUAUCACUUGUGACAUUGAUAUUCUUUAAAACAUUGUUGGAUUUAAACUGUGAAGAUCUACUUUAUGAACUUAUUUUCAAACAUCUAAUGCGUGGUCGUCAUUUGAAAAAAGAAUCUCACCAUGACGAUAAUUUGGAUUAUUCAUCAUCAAAACAUUAUGCACAAAAUCAAUCAUAUCGAUCAUAUCAGAAAAAUUGGCUUGCAAUUUCGGCUCAAAAAUUACUAUCAACAAGUAUAUCUUAUUAUCUGAAUAGUCUUUGUCCGCAUCAAGCAGCGGCCGUAAAUAUUGAGAUUGAAUCUAUUUCAUCAUUUGAUUCGAAUAUAUCGAAUAAUUGUAAAUGUCAUUCUGGAUAUUUUCUUAAUUAUCUCAAUUACUUAAAUGAUGCUCGACAAAAUCUUGAACAAUGUCAUUUAGCAACAAAAACGUGGCGAAAUUCUUAUCAUGAACCAUGUCAUUUACUUAAUGAAGUUCAAGAUGAAAAUAUCAUAUUUUGUACGAUUGAUCGAAACAAUCUGAACGGUGACAACAACAAUAACAAUAACGACAACAAUGAUGAUCAUAAUCAUGAUGAUUGUGGCCAUCAACAACAAUCAACAACAACAAUGGCAAUGAUGGAUGAAGAAAUCAUCGAUAUUAAUGAUAUAAUUACACAAAAUACAUUAUUAGCAAAAUUUUCACCUGGAUUCAAAAUGAAGAACUGCUAUUAUGAUUUGAAAAAGAAAAAAAUUAGCUAUAAAAUUGAAACAAAUAAGCCAUCAUUUUUUGGCAUGAUGAAUAUCAUAUCAAAUAAUAUUAAGAGUAGUAAUAAUAAUAAUAAUAAUAAUAAUAGAGGAAAUGAUUGGUCUGAACCACCACCGAUUGGAUCAUUUUUAUCGAUAUUAUUCAUGAAAUUUGAGAAAUUUUUCGAGAAUGAAGUCAUCACUAAUCUACAUUUGACCGGUCUAUUGACUAGACUUUGUCAUUUUCCACAUAAAUUAUUAUUAUCAUUAUUAUUUGAUGAAACAUUAUCACGAACAAAAAAUGUACCAUGUUUUCUGCAUUUAAUACAAAAAUUAAGUCUUGAAGCUCAAAAUUAUUGUGAUGAAAUACCGGAUUUUGAAACAGUUUUUCAGGCAGCAAAAUCAAAUCUACAAUCAAUGCCAUUGGGAGAAGUAGAAUGUUCAUUAUUGCUUGGUAGUGGUGCUGGUGGUGUUACAAAUAUACGAUCAUCAAAUUCAUCAUUAUCAAAAUCAAACGAAACAAAUGAAAAAGGAUCUCAACAUAAAGCAUUUGGAAUGUUAAAAAAUUUCUUUUUUCGUUCAACAAAUUCAUCGUCAUCAACAUCCACUAUAGUCAGUCGUCGACCAAGUAAUGCAUCAAUUGUUUCAUCUACGGGACAAAUGUUGGAAGUAGUUCCCGGUGGUAUCAGAUUCAUCAAUCAAACAUUAUUACAACAGCAACGAGAAUUACGAGAACAACGAGAUCAAUCACAAAAUGUUAAUCGUUUCAAUCAACUUGUCUAUAAUAUAAUUGUGUUUGAUGAAUUUCUCAUGGAAUUAUCUGCCAUUCUUAUUGAACAUUCAUUAAGAUAUAUUGAAAACUAAUUGUAAAAUGAAAACAAUAUCAAAAAGUUUUCGAUACAGUUUGAACAAACCAAUUGAUGGACUAUAGUAUGGGGAAAAAAACAUCCAUCCACAUGAAUCAUUAUGAUGAUUAGAAUUCUCACCGGAGUCUAUAUAUAUAUCUAUAAAGAUAUAGCCACAUGUUACCUGGAUUCCAUUUUUUUUAAUAUUUCAUGUGGUGUUUUUCAAAGUUGAAUGGAUAAAAAAAUGUUUAAUGUUUG